GGGCCACGGAGAGUUGUCAUCCACUUGUGUGCGCGCUGCCGCUGAUGGUGGAUGACACACCGGCGAGGAUGAAUAGGAGAAUACCGCACUUUUAAGGAGUUGUCUAUUUUUUCCACAACCGAUAAUCGCAGUUGGGAUGAAGAAUUAAAUUCGCAAAGCGAGCGUAAAGUAUGUCGAAACCGAUGGAUCACGUCAAACGCCCGAUGAACGCCUUCAUGGUGUGGUCCCGAGCACAGAGGAGGAAAAUGGCCCAGGAGAACCCAAAAAUGCACAACUCGGAGAUCAGCAAGCGGCUAGGCGCCGAGUGGAAACUUCUGAGCGAGUCCGAGAAGAGGCCCUUCAUUGACGAAGCCAAGCGGCUGCGGGCCAUGCACAUGAAGGAGCACCCCGACUACAAGUACCGGCCCCGGAGGAAGCCCAAAACCCUGAUGAAAAAGGACAAAUUUUCAUUCCCGGUGCCCUACAACCUGGGGGAGCACGACGCGCUCAAAGUCAGCGGCCUCUCCGCAGGAACUCUGCCCGAGAGUAUCAUCGGCAAUCCGGACAAAGCGGCGGCGGCAGCUGCGGCCGCGGCGGCCCGGGUCUUCUUCAACCCGGCCAUGUCCACGAACCCUUACUCCUUUUUCGACCUGGGCUCCAAAAUGAGCGAGCUCUCACCGCAUUCCUUCCCUUACGCGUCCCCGCUAGGGUACCCCCCGAGCGCCGCCAGCGCUUUCGCGGGGAGCGGCGGUGCCGGCGUGGGCGGCGGGACGCACACCCACUCGCACCCGUCCCCCGGGAACCCCGGCUACAUGAUCCCAUGCAACUGCACGGCGUGGCCCUCCAGCGGACUCCAGCCGCCGCUCGCGUACAUCUUGCUUCCCGGGAUGGGGAAGCCUCAGCUCGAACCUUAUCCGGCGUACGCGGCGGCGUUAUGAUCGUCCCCACGCCGCAAUUCCAAACGAACAUUAGUUUGACUUCUGCAUGCGCAAACUUGCACAUGUGCAUAUAUCACAUGUGUUAAACGGAUGAACGCCUUUAUUUAAGGUUUCCGCCAAACUUUUGCCAAUGACCCACCAUUUGCACCUGUUGGAGCCGGGACUGCCCGAUGGCUCGUGGGUCCACCGAGGAUUGUCGCACACCUGCUGGACAACAACAAAAAUGUACAAAAAACAGUUUAUUUAGUGUUCAAAGGGAGCCGAGCAAACAUUUCACUAGGAUUAUGUGUACAUUUAGAGCAGGGGUGGGGAACCAUUUUUACAAUUCUGGGAUUUGAAAAAAAAAAAAAAAAAAACCCACAAAUUUCCAACAAUUGUUAAA